AUGAAGCCGAUUUUCUCUGCCAUGAACGCCUGGAGCUGCGUCGUCAUCUCCUUCUUUGCCGUUAUCAUUCUAUCAAUUCUCGGAUCGCUAUACAAUGCAAAUCAUCCCGCAUUCACCGGAUCAGAAGGGACUCCGGAAGAUGGCACGGUGGUAGCUGGCUCAAUUUUCACUGCCGUGAUCGUUUAUGCUUGGGGAUUCAGUGACCGUACAGACAGUAUGAGGGACGCGGUAGUGAAAAGAAGGAAGAUUUCAAAAUUCUCUACGGAGCCAAAAACUCCGAAUACGGAAGCACAAGCAGAUGAUUCAAACGAUCUCUUACGAAAGUUUUUCGAGAGCCGAUUCCAGCCGUUAGACAUACCCACGAAUUCCACGACAACGAGUCACAUCUCCGACGAGGACGACGAGGAAGACGAGUCGGUCGAAGAUUUUGGAGGUUUUUCGGACGAUGGAAGUGAGAAUGAGGAAGAAGAGGUGAUGGUUGUUGAGCAUGUAGAUGCGCGCAAAGAGGACGUGAUGUUAGAUAAGCAGACACGGAAAGCUCUCCUGUCUGCCAAAAUCCUAGCAUCUACAGAGUCAUCAACCAUCGCUAGUAAGCCAGAAAACAAACCCAAAGGCGAGGCAGCCGACAACGAAACACAGAAUCUACAAAACGAUCUUGCACUACAACGUCUACUUAAAGAAUCACAUCUCCUCGACUCGAGCUCCUCAGACCUAAAUCCAACAGGCAAAAACAGACACAAAGCUUUGGACCUGCGACUGCAAGCACUCGGAGCCAAGAAAUCCAUAUACGAGCAAAACAGAAUGCCCAAAUCGCAUCGCGAGGGAAUCCAAUUCAAGGCUAUCAAGACAGAGACAACACGCCGCCGCGAAGCUCGCGAGAAUGGUAUAAUCCUUGAGAAACCUGUCUUCAAACAGCAGAAGAGUAGUACGAAGCGCAGGGAGAGAGGAGUGGGAGCUCCGGCCGUCGGAAAAUUCUCCGGAGGAACGCUGAAAUUGAGUAAACAUGACUUGGCGAGCAUUCAGGGACCUUCUAGAAAAGGUGGGAAAGGCGCGAGGGGCGGGAAGGGGUCCAAGAGAGGUCGUCGAUGA